GCGCCUGUGCAUGCACCCCCCGCGGCGCUCGCCCCUCGCGUGCGCGGCGGCCUCUUGGCUUGGGUCCUCAGCCCCGCGGCGGCGGGACACGAGGCGACAGGAUGUCGCAGUGGUACGAGCUGCAGCAGCUUGACUCCAAAUUCCUAGAGCAGGUUCACCAGCUCUACGAUGACAGUUUUCCCAUGGAAAUCAGACAGUACCUGGCGCAGUGGCUAGAAAAACAAGACUGGGAGCAUGCUGCUAAUGACGUUUCAUUUGCCACCAUCCGUUUUCAUGACCUCCUGUCCCAGCUGGAUGAUCAGUAUAGUCGCUUUUCUUUGGAGAAUAAUUUUUUGUUGCAGCAUAACAUAAGGAAAAGCAAGCGUAAUCUUCAGGAUAAUUUUCAGGAAGACCCAAUACAGAUGUCUAUGAUCAUCUGUAACUGUCUGAAGGAAGAAAGGAGGAUCCUGGAAAAUGCUCAGAGAUUCAAUCAGGCGCAGUCGGGGAGUAUCCAGAGCACUGUGAUGUUAGACAAACAGAAGGAGCUUGACAGCAAAGUCAGAAAUGUGAAGGAUAAGGUUAUGUGUAUAGAGCAUGAAAUAAAGACCCUAGAAGAUUUACAAGACGAAUAUGACUUCAAGUGCAAAACCUUACAGAACAGAGAGCAUGAAACCAAUGGCGUGGCAAAGAAUGAUCAGAAACAAGAACAGUUGUUAAUCCAGAAGAUGUAUUUAAUGCUUGACAAUAAGAGAAAGGAAGUAGUUCUCAAAAUAAUAGAGUUGUUGAAUGUUACGGAACUUACCCAGAAAGCCCUGAUCAACGAUGAGCUGGUGGAAUGGAAGCAGAGACAGCAGAGCGCCUGCAUCGGGGGGCCCCCCAACGCUUGUCUUGAUCAGCUGCAGAACUGGUUCACCAUAGUUGCGGAGAGUCUGCAGCAGGUGCGUCAGCAGCUGAAAAAGCUUGAGGAGUUGGAACAGAAAUACACCUACGAACACGACCCUAUCACAAAAAACAAGCAAGGCCUGUGGGACCGCACCUUCAGCCUUUUCCAGCAGCUCAUUCAGAGCUCAUUUGUGGUGGAAAGACAACCUUGCAUGCCAACUCAUCCUCAGAGGCCUCUGGUCUUGAAGACCGGGGUCCAGUUCACCGUGAAGUUGAGACUGCUGGUGAAAUUGCAAGAGCUGAAUUAUAAUUUGAAAGUCAAAGUCUUAUUUGAUAAAGAUGUGAGUGAGAGAAAUACAGUAAAAGGAUUCAGGAAGUUCAACAUUUUGGGCACGCACACAAAGGUGAUGAACAUGGAGGAGUCCACCAACGGGAGUCUGGCGGCGGAGUUCCGGCACCUGCAACUGAAGGAACAGAAAAAUGCUGGCACCAGAACUAACGAGGGCCCUCUCAUCGUUACUGAAGAGCUUCACUCCCUCAGUUUUGAGACCCAGCUGUGCCAGCCUGGUUUGGUCAUUGACCUCGAGACGACCUCUCUGCCCGUCGUGGUGAUCUCCAACGUCAGCCAGCUGCCGAGUGGUUGGGCCUCCAUCCUGUGGUACAACAUGCUGGUGACAGAACCCCGGAAUCUGUCCUUCUUCCUGAACCCACCUUGUGCACGAUGGUCUCAGCUCUCGGAGGUGCUCAGCUGGCAGUUUUCUUCUGUCACCAAAAGAGGUCUCAAUGUGGACCAGCUCAACAUGCUGGGAGAGAAACUACUCGGUCCUAAUGCUGGCCCCGAUGGUCUCAUUCCAUGGACAAGGUUCUGUAAGGAAAACAUAAAUGAUAAAAAUUUUCCCUUCUGGCUUUGGAUUGAAAGCAUCCUUGAACUCAUUAAAAAACACCUGCUCUCGCUCUGGAAUGAUGGGUGUAUCGUGGGCUUCAUCAGCAAGGAGCGGGAGCGCGCGCUGCUGAAGGACCAGCAGCCCGGGACAUUCCUGCUGCGCUUCAGCGAGAGCUGCCGCGAAGGCGCCAUCACGUUCACGUGGGUGGAGCGCCCCCAGAACGGAGGAGAACCUCACUUCCAUGCCGUUGAGCCCUACACGAAGAAAGAACUUUCUGCUGUUACUUUCCCUGAUAUUAUUCGCAAUUACAAAGUUAUGGCUGCCGAAAAUAUUCCAGAGAAUCCCCUGAAGUAUCUGUAUCCGAAUAUUGAUAAAGACCAUGCCUUUGGGAAAUACUACUCCAGGCCAAAGGAAGCCCCAGAACCAAUGGAACUCGAUGGCCCUAAAGGAACUGGAUACAUCAAGACAGAGUUGAUUUCUGUGUCUGAAGUUCACCCCUCUCGACUUCAGACCACAGACAACCUGCUACCCAUGUCUCCCGAGGAGUUUGACGAGGUGUCACGGAUAGUGGGUUCUGUCGAGUUCGACAGUAUGAUGAAUGCAGUAUAGAGCAUGAAUUUUUCUCAUCUUCUCUGGCGACAUUUUUCCUUCCCAUCUGUGAUUCCCUCCUGCUGCUCUGUUCCUUCACAUCCUAUGUUUCUAGGGAAAUGAAACAAAGACGAACAAAUUUGCUGCAACCUGUUGAUAGCAAGUGGAUUUUCCCCCAAUUCAGAAACGUCUGUUACUCUGAAGGGCUUCAUGCAUCUAAUGAAAGGUAAAAUUGAAAGGCCCUCUCUGUAGUGUGGGUUUUACAAAGAAAAAUAUCCAGGUACACUGAACACGUCAGGGCUAGAAUGGGAAUCCUUUAGGAAAGGCGAGAAGUUGAGCAGCAUGUAUAAUGCUGUGCACAAAGUCCGUGCCUGGCUGCUGUUACAGGCUGUUGGAUAGAUCACACGGUUACUUAGGGAACUUCUUGAUGUAGGAUUGGCAGAUUUCUAUUCUAGAGAAUUUUUACUUGUUCCCUCUGCUGCAGAUAUGGCUGGAGGUUUUCUGUUGGGUUACCUAUGAAAUCGUUCAGAGCUAAGUCACACAGAAUGACAUCAACUGUUUAUCAAAGUAGCCAUCCUGUAUCUGCACAGGGGGUAAAAGUUGUGUUCUUUAUUUUAUUACGUUUUCCACGCUGGCCGUUUAAAGCUAAAAGCAAAUUCUCUCUCUUGGGAGACUUAGCUUUUCCGUCUGUUAUGGCUAUAUGAUACUGGCUAGUAUCAGUAGAAGGAAAUA